AGCUUUUGCACCCGCUGCCCCGCGGGGAAUAAAUAGCGGCCGUGCGUGGCUCUCCGCCUUCACUGGAUGCGCAUCUUCGCCUGAGUCUGUCUCUCUCUCUCUCUCUCUCUUUGCGUCAACCGGAGCCCGGAGACCCCAAAGCGCCCGCAUGGAUUCCGAAGACUGCUCCUGCUCCAUCGGUGGGGUCUGCUCCUGCGGCAACAACUGUCAGUGUAAAAAUUGUAAAUGCAAAUCUUGCAGGAAAAGCUGCUGUUCCUGUUGCCCGGUGGGCUGUGCCAAGUGUGCCCAGGGCUGUAUUUGCAAAGGCCCCCCUGCCACUAAAUGCAGCUGCUGCAAGUAAAGAGAGGCUGGCUCCGGCAGUCUUGAAAUCUGUAUAUUUGCCUGCAGAAAUGUAAUGUUCCUGUCCGGUUAUAUUUUUGCUAUUGCGUGCUCUCUCACCGUUAGUUGCGAACGUAAACGACGCUGACAGUAAUAAAGCCAUGUGUGUAUAUAAGGAAUGUUUGUGGUGUUUUGGCAUUUGCCUUUGCCAAGGGACCUGCAGGAGGCAUUAAUAGGUGCAAGAUGCUGUAUUCGUUAGGAAUCUGCUCUUCAGUGAAGUUCUAUUACGGCUAAAUUUCAGAUAUCAGAAUUUUUGGCAACCGAUUGCAAGGUACUAACUCCAGUUUAAAAAUAAAAUGAUUUUAAAUAGCUAAAA